AUGGACCUUCUUGCCACCUUCUGUUCAAUCCUUCUCUUUGUGGCUAUAGUUGCCAACGUCGUACUACAAUGGGGAAACUUGAAGUCACGGCACAAAUCCAAAAGGCUGCCUCCAGGCCCACCAAGAUUGCCUGUAUUCGGCAACCUUCUUCAGCUGGGCCAACAGCCUCAUCGGGACUUAGCUUCCUUGUGUGAUAAAUAUGGGCCAUUAGUCUACCUCCGACUUGGCAGAGUUGAUGCCAUCACCACCAAUGAUCCUGAAAUCAUACGCGAAAUACUCGUCCGACAAGAUGAAGUUUUCGCCUCCCGACCAAGAACUCUCGCAGCAGUCCACCUAGCUUAUGGGUGUGGAGAUGUGGCACUGGCCCCGUUAGGCCCACGUUGGAAGCGAAUGAGGAGGAUUUGCAUGGAGCAAUUAUUAACCACAAAGAGGCUCGAGUCUUUUGCAAAUCACCGUGCCGAUGAAGCCCAACAUCUGGUCCAAGAUGUUUGGGCCCUGGCCCAAACAGGAAAACCUGUGAACUUGAGGGAAGUGCUCGGUGCAUUUUCCAUGAACAAUGUGACUAGGAUGUUGCUAGGUAAGCAGUAUUUUGGUGCAGAAUCAGCAGGCCCGCAAGAGGCCAUGGAAUUCAUGCAUAUAACACAUGAGUUGUUUUGGCUUCUGGGGGUGAUAUAUCUAGGUGAUUAUUUACCAUUUUGGAGGUGGAUUGACCCUUAUGGUUGUGAAAAGAAAAUGAGGGAAGUGGAGAAAAGAGUGGAUGAUUUUCACAAUAAAAUUAUCGAAGGACAUAGAAAGAAGAGACAAGUAAAAGGAAAGGAAACCAGAGUGGAAGUUAAAGAUAUGGACUUUGUUGAUGUUUUACUGUCACUGCCUGGUGAGAAUGGAAAAGAACACAUGGAUGAUGUAGAGAUCAAAGCUCUAAUUCAGGAUAUGAUAGCUGCUGCUACAGACACUUCAGCUGUAACCAAUGAAUGGGCAAUGGCAGAGGUGAUCAAGCAUCCACGUGUCCUUCGUAAAAUACAAGAAGAGCUUGAUUCAGUCGUGGGUCCCAAUCGAAUGGUCGCGGAAUCUGACUUGCCUCACCUUAACUACCUACGUUGCGUUGUACGAGAGACAUUCCGCAUGCACCCAGCUGGGCCUUUGCUUAUCCCACAUGAGUCCUUACGUGCCACCACAAUCAAUGGCUACCAUAUCCCUGCCAAAACCCGGGUCUUUAUCAACACUCAUGGGCUGGGCAGAAAUACUAAAAUUUGGGCCGAUGUUGAGGAGUUUCGUCCCGAAAGACAUUGGCUGGCUGACGGGAGCCGAGUGGAGAUAAGCCAUGGAGCCGAUUUUAAGAUACUGCCCUUCAGUGCUGGUAAAAGGAAAUGCCCUGGCGCGCCACUUGGUGUGACUCUGGUGCUCAUGGCUUUGGCUCGACUCUUUCAUUGUUUUGAUUGGACCCCACCAGAGGGGCUAAGGCCCGAAGAUAUCGAUACUGCUGAGGUUUAUGGCAUGACCAUGCCCAAGGCUAAGCCCUUGUUGUCUAUGGCUAGGCCACGCUUAGCAGAGCAUAUUCUCUUCAGAAAUGCUAAAGCAGAGUUCCAUGUAAAGGAUGCACGGCUAGUUGAAACAAUGAGUUAUAUAGAUGUGCUAGCCCUUUUUAUGGAGGACCAAAAUUGGGCUCUGUUUGUCAUGUUUCUUCGGCGAGCUGCAGUGGCAUUGCCCCAGUCGAGAAGGUUGUUUAGUACUAACAGAACUUAUGAUAUUUCAAGUUUCAUUGCAGAAAUGAAUAAGGAAAUGGAAUCAGUCUUUGGUGAAUGCCCUCCAAGUGAACUUGCUGGUUCUAUCAAUUGCAAUCUUGCGGUUGAAGAAUCCCCUUUAAAACCACAUGGACUCGCCAGUUCUAAUAGUGAAAGUUUUAGUAGGUCUCAAGAAUCCCAAUCUGCAACUCAAAAAAUGAAUCAAAACCCUGCUGGGCUAACCCACAUUGGAAGUGCAGGAGAAGCCCAAAUGGUGGAUGUGUCUCCAAAAGAAAACACUAAUAGAACUGCUGUUGCUAGUUGCAAAGUAAUUCUUGGCAAGAAGGUGUUUGACAUGGUCUUAGCAAAUCAAAUGGCCAAAGGCGAUGUCCUCACUGUGGCCAAAAUUGCUGGCAUAAAUGGAGCAAAGCAUACUAGCACCCUUAUCCCAUUAUGCCACAAUAUCAUGCUAAACCAUGUUCGUGUUGAUCUAGUGCUGAAUCCGGAUGACCACAGUGUCAAAAUUGAAGGGGAAGCUGCUUCGUCUGGGAAAACUGGGGUUGAGAUGGAGGCAAUGACCGCUGUCACGGUUACUGGCCUAACUGUUUAUGAUAUGUGCAAGGCUGCUUCUAAGGAAAUUCAGAUGACAUAUGUGCGGCUUGAGCGUAAAACUGGUGGGAAGAGUGGGAACUGGUCCAGGGAGGAGUAG